GUGCACUUACAAACGUAUGCCAACUCUCUGGCCACUGCGACGUCCAACACAAAAUACAUGUCGGCUGAGUCAGUGGUGAGAUUUUCAUAUCUAGCAUUUUUUCCAUUAAAGCCUUCAUUGAUCAAAUUUUAUUAAAGAAUUAAAAUGCCAUUUGAAAUUGAAAACAAUACGUUCCAAUGUGGUAACGAGUGAGUUCUUAUAACCGAGAUAUUUAAAAGGUGGUAACAAGUGAGUUCUUAUAACCGAGACAUUUAAAAGGUGGUACCAAGUGAGUUCUUAUACCCAAGACAUUUAAAAGGUGGUACCAAGUGAGUUCUUAUAACCGAGACAUUCAAAAGGUAGUAACAAGUGAGUUCUUAUAACCGAGACAUUCAAAAGGUAGUAACAAGUGAGUUCUUAUAACCGAGACAUUCAAAAGGUAGUAACAAGUGAGUUCUUAUAACCGAGACAUUCAAAAGGUGGUACCAAGUGAGUUCUUAUACCCGAGACAUUUAAAAGGUAGUAACAAGUGAGUUCUUAUAACCGAGACAUUCAAAAGGUAGUAACAAGUGAGUUCUUAUAACCGAGACAUUUAAAAGGUAGUAACAAGUAAGUUCUUAUAACCGAGACAUUUAAAAGGUAGUAACAAGUGAGUUCUUAUAACCGAGACAUUCAAAAGGUAGUAACAAGUGAGUUCUUAUAACCGAGACAUUUAAAAGGUAGUAACAAGUGAGUUCUUAUAACCGAGACAUUCAAAAGGUAGUAACAAGUGAGUUCUUAUAACCGAGACAUUCAAAAGGUAGUAACAAGUGAGUUCUUAUAACCGAGACAUUCAAAAGGUAGUAACAAGUGAGUUCUUAUAACCGAGACAUUUAAAAGGUGGUACCAAGUGAGUUCUUAUACCCGAGACAUUUAAAAGGUGGUAACAAGUGAGUUCUUAUAACCGAGACAUUCAAAAGGUAGUAACAAGUGAGUUCUUAUAACCGAGACAUUUAAAAGGUAGUAACAAGUGAGUUCUUAUAACCGAGACAUUCAAAAGGUAGUAACAAGUGAGUUCUUAUAACCGAGACAUUCAAAAGGUAGUACCAAGUGAGUUCUUAUAACCGAGACAUUCAAAAGGUAGUAACAAGUGAGUUCUUAUAACCGAGACAUUCAAAAGGUAGUAACAAGUGAGUUCUUAUAACCGAGACAUUUAAAAGGUAGUAACAAGUGAGUUCUUAUAACCGAGACAUUCAAAAGGUAGUAACAAGUGAGUUCUUAUAACCGAGACAUUCAAAAGGUAGUACCAAGUGAGUUCUUAUAACCGAGACAUUCAAAAGGUAGUAACAAGUGAGUUCUUAUAACCGAGACAUUCAAAAGGUAGUAACAAGUGAGUUCUUAUAACCGAGACAUUCAAAAGGUAGUACCAAGUGAGUUCUUAUAACCGAGACAUUUAAAAGGUGGUAACAAGUGAGUUCUUAUAACCGAGACAUUUAAAAGGUGGUACCAAGUGAGUUCUUAUAACCGAGACAUUUAAAAGGUAGUAACAAGUGAGUUCUUAUAACCGAGAAUUUAAAAGGUGGUAACAAGUGAGUUCUUAUAACCGAGACAUUUAAAAGGUGGUACCAAGUGAGUUCUUAUAACCGAGACAUUUAAAAGGUGGUAACAAGUGAGUUCUUAUAACCGAGACAUUUAAAAGGUGGUACCAAGUGAGUUCUUAUAACCGAGACAUUCAAAAGGUAGUAACGAGUGAGUUCUUAUAACCGAGACAUUUAAAAGGUGGUACCAAGUGAGUUCUUAUACCCGAGAAUUUAAAAGGUGGUAACAAGUGAGUUCUUAUAACCGAGACAUUUAAAAGGUGGUACCAAGUGAGUUCUUAUAACCGAGACAUUUAAAAGGUGGUACCAAGUGAGUUCUUAUAACCGAGACAUUUAAAAGGUGGUACCAAGUGAGUUCUUAUAACCGAGACAUUUAAAAGGUGGUACCAGGUGAGUUCUUAUACCCGAGACAUUUAAAAGGUAGUACCAAGUGAGUUCUUAUAACCGAGACAUUUAAAAGGUGGUACCAAGUGAGUUCUUAUAACCGAGACAUUUAAAAGGUGGUACCAGGUGAGUUCUUAUAACCGAGACAUUUAAAAGGCGGUACCAAGUGAGUUCUUAUAACCGAGACAUUUAAAAGGUGGUACCAGGUGAGUUCUUAUAACCGAGACAUUUAAAAGGUGGUACCAGUUGAGUUCUUAUAACCGAGACAUUUAAAGGUGGUACCAAGUGAGUUCUUAUAACCGAGACAUUUAAAAGGUGGUAACAAGUGAGUUCUUAUAACCGAAACAUUUAAAAGAUGGUACCAGGUAAGUUCUUAUAACCGAGACAUUUAAAAGGUGGUACCAAGUGAGUUCUUAUAACCGAAACAUUUAAAAGAUGGUACCAGGUAAGUUCUUAUAACCGAGACAUUUAAAAGGUGGUACCAGUUGAGUUCUUAUAACCGAGACAUUUAAAAGGUGGUACCAAGUGAGUUCUUAUAACCGAAACAUUUAAAAGAUGGUACCAGGUAAGUUCUUAUAACCGAGACAUUUAAAAGAUGGUACCAGGUAAGUUCUUAUAACCGAGACAUUUAAAAGAUGGUACCAGGUAAGUUCUUAUAACCGAGACAUUUAAAAGAUGGUACCAGGUAAGUUCUUAUAACCGAAACAUUUAAAAGAUGGUACCAGGUAAGUUCUUAUAACCGAGACAUUUAAAAGAUGGUACCAGGUAAGUUCUUAUAACCGAGACAUUUAAAAGAUGGUACCAGGUAAGUUCUUAUAACCGAAACAUUUAAAAGAUGGUACCAGGUAAGUUCUUAUAACCGAGACAUUUAAAAGAUGGUACCAGGUGAGUUCUUAUAACCGAAACAUUUAAAAGAUGGUACCAGGUAAGUUCUUAUAACCGAGACAUUUAAAAGAUGGUACCAGGUAAGUUCUUAUAACCGAAACAUUUAAAAGAUGGUACCAGGUAAGUUCUUAUAACCGAAACAUUUAAAAGAUGGUACCAAGUGAGUUCUUAUAACCGAGACAUUUAAAAGAUGGUACCAGGUGAGUUCUUAUAACCGAGACAUUUAAAAGAUGGUACCAGGUAAGUUCUUAUAACCGAGACAUUUAAAAGAUGGUACCAGGUAAGUUCUUAUAACCGAAACAUUUAAAAGAUGGUACCAGGUAAGUUCUUAUAACCGAGACAUUUAAAAGAUGGUACCAGGUAAGUUCUUAUAACCGAGACAUUUAAAAGAUGGUACCAGGUAAGUUCUUAUAACCGAGACAUUUAAAAGGUGGUACCAGGUAAGUUCUUAUAACCGAGACAUUUAAAAGGUGGUACCAAGUCAGUUCUUAUAACCGAGACAUUUAAAAGGUGGUACCAAGUCAGUUCUUAUAACCGAGACAUUUAAAAGGUGGUACCAGGUGAGUUUUUUUAACCGACACAACCAAAAGGUGGUGCUACGUAAGUUAUCAUAACUGCGAUUCCAAAAUUGACCUGAAAAAUUGUAGUUUAUUUUUAACAGAUUAAACUUACGAGGAAGCAAUAGUGGCUUAGCAUGCUUUGAAUGCUCCACUACAGAGCUAAGCUCUAUCAUCCUAAGACAUUAAUAAUUAUGAUUAAUCUUUUUUAUAUGUUAACACUUUCAUAAAGUUCACGGUGUUUGAGAAAUGUUAAACUAUCUUUAGAUCAAACAUAUGUCUUACCCUUCUGAUUAAUUGAUAUAAAAUAAAUUAUAGUAAGUUAUUUUUCCUCACAGAAUACCGCCUCUAGUGCUCUGACAGUAUUAACAGAUAUUUUCAGACAGAAAAACUUAAGAAUAGCCGAAGUACUUCCCUGUCUGACUGGUAAAUAUACGAUCAACUAAAAAAAAAACCCAUAGUCAUUGGUAAAGUAAUAAUAGUUGACCAAACAAAAAAGAAGACUAAUAAUAAUUUAUAAAAUCAAUGUUAUAUUUUUUUUUUUCUUUUUAUUGAUAGAUUAUUAAUUUUUGCAACAUUUUCCCCCCUACAUUUUAUUAGGCUUCAAAGAUUUAAUCCACAACAUAAUCAACAUAACUGCACUUGAUUUAUCAGACUUGGAGCCUGAUCUUAAAAGCACUAAGAAUUCUUACCCUGACCUAAGUGAUCAAGAGGUUAAAUUUUAUGCUCAAUGGAAAGCAGAUUUUCAUAAAAUUGAAAAGAAGGACAUGAUCAAAG